AUGACAUUCAUUAGUUUCAUUAAAACUCGCCAAGCGUACAUUCAAUGUAUUAAGAAUUGGGAUUCGUAUUCCGUUGACGAACAAGAACAACUAAGGAAAUGGUACCGAGAUUACUAUGCCAAAAACAAACAAGCUGAAAGGAAACGAUACCGAGACUAUUAUGCUGCUAAUACCGAGGCAGAGAAGGAGAGAGCUAAAAAGUACAAGAAAACUAAACAAUCAGAGGACAAUGUUUAG